UCUGCGUUGGUGGUGAGAAAUCACUUGAUACCAGAAGCGAAAUACAUUUUAACGGUCAGACAAUGGAGGCACUGGCAGCAGCAAACGCAAACUUCUCUCUUGAACUUUUCAAGAAGAUCACGGAGAUCACGAAGGCCAAGAACACCGGCAAUGUGUUCUACUCACCACUCAGCAUCUCUUCUGCGUUGGCCAUGGUCUCUCUCGGAGCCAAGGGAAAUACUGAAGUCCAAAUGCAUGAGGUGAGUUCACAAUGCACACAGUUCAUUGAGGGUGAUGUCCAUGUUGCCUUCAACAAGCUCUUCGCUGAACUCAACAAAGAAGGAGCCCCAUAUGCACUGAGUCUGGCCAAUCGCCUCUAUGGAGAGAAGACCUACAAGUUUGUUGAGAAAUUCCUUGCUGACACUAAGACACUCUACCUUGCCGAGUCGGAGGAGGUUGACUUCAUCUCAAAUGCAGAGGCGGCCCGAGUAAAAAUCAACAAAUGGGUGGAGAAAAAGACACAAGAGAAAAUCAAGGAUCUGUUGGCUAAAGGGGAUGUGGAUAAUUCAACAAGACUUGUGCUGGUAAACGCCCUCUACUUCAAAGGCGACUGGGAGAUGAAGUUCAACAGGGGCAAUACCACUGAAGUACAAUUUAAGAUCAACAAGAAUGAAAGUAAGCCUGUGCAAAUGAUGCAUCAGACGGCUACAUUCCCCUUUACCUACGUCCCCGAUGUCGACUGCCAGAUUCUGGAACUCCCCUAUGAGGGUAAAGACAUGAGCAUGCUCAUUAUGCUCCCAAACAACAUGGAGGACAACACCACUGGACUGGAGAAGCUGGAGCAGAUGCUCACGUAUGACAAACUUGUGGAGUGGACCAGGCCUGACAUGAUGCACACCGUGGAGGUCAAGGUGGGUCUCCCCAGGUUCAAGCUGGAAGAGACCUAUGAUCUCGAGGAGAUCCUGGUCAGCAUGGGCAUGGUGGAUGCCUUUAGCCCCCAGAAGUGUGACUUCUCCGGCAUGUCGCCCUGCAACAACUUGGUUCUGUCCAAGGUCGUGCAGAAGUCCUUUGUGGAAGUGACCGAGGAGGGCACUGAGGCAGGCGCAGCUACAGCUGUCACAGCUACACUUACCAGUAUGCCUCUGAUACAAAAAAUGUUCAUGGCGGACCACCCCUUCCUCUUCUUCAUCCGACACAACCCCACACAGAGCAUCCUCUUCUAUGGCCGCUACAGCUCCCCUUAAGCUGAGGCUAGAGUGGUAAAGAAGUCUACAUAGAAAGAUGUCUCAGGAAUGUCUGAAGAGAUCCUGUGUCUGACUAGCUACCUGUAACCUAAAGUCUUACUAU